AUGGGAGAAUGGAGCUUUAAUGCUUGCCUCGAUUUUGAUUGUGAUGUUGCUUCCAGCCCAAAUUACCUUUGCUGCAGUGGGAGCUUCUUCUCAUUGCCAAGAUGUUGUGGUCUGUCGGCCGCUGGCCCCUCCAGCGGCCGAAUCAGAAAGAUCAUCAUGCAUGAUCCUUUUGCCAUGAGACCUUUCUUCGGGUACAACUUUGGUCAAUAUCUUUCCCACUGGCUCAGCAUGGCACAUCGGCCUACAGCAAAACUCCCGAAGAUCUUCCAUGUCAACUGGUUCCGGAAAGAUGAACAAGGGAAAUUCCUUUGGCCCGGCUUUGGUGAAAACUCCCGGGUGCUGGAAUGGAUGUUUAACCGCAUCCGGGGAGAAGACGACGGUGCGCAGCUGACAGCCAUUGGCUACAUCCCCAACGACACAGGAUUGAACUUGAAAGGCUUGGAAAGGGUCAGCCUCCAGAAACUCUGUGACGUUUCCAAAGAGUUUUGGGAGAAGGAGGUGGAAGAAAUCAAGAAAUAUUUUGCAGAGCAAGUGAAUGCCGACCUCCCGUAUGAGAUGGAAAGAGAAGUUAUUGCGUUAGAACAGAGAAUUAAACAACUGUAA